CGACUGGUAUGGUACACUGUAACCGCGCGUAACGUUUCGGGGGUGGCGGAAGCCAUGUCCGACAUCGACGAUGAGGAAUCCACCCUCGAACUGAGCAUCCUUCUCCCCUCCGCCGACGGCUUCCGCCGAAGGAAGCCCGCCUUCUUCCUCCCUUCAAAGCCCAAACACUUCGCCGUGGCCUGGAUCGACCCCGACGCCAAGCGAUCCACCAAGGCCUUCUCCCCCGGUGACCCCAGCCCCAAGCUCCACAUCCCCCUCUCCUCCCGCGCCCUCUGCGACCCUGCAUGCACCCUCACUGUCCAGAUCCUCUCCUCCCGCUUCCCCUUCCGCCACGCCGCUGCCCCCAGGGUGGAGGGCUCCGCCUCCGUCCCCCUCUCCUCGCUCCCCGCUGGCGCUGGUGACACCCUUACUCUGCUGCUCAAUCGCCCUUCCGGCCGCCCUGCCGGCUUCGUUCGCCUUUCCGUCCGCAUACUCUGGUGUCUGGGGGCGGCGCCGCCGCCGCCGCCGCUGCCGCUGCCAGAGGCUCCUCCAAUAGUGGAGUGCUCUGAUUGGGCACCAAUGGUGGCUACUGGGUUUCCGGUGGAGAGCGGGCAAAUGGAAUUUCCCAUGGCGGAGCCAAAUGCGCCGCCGGUACCAGGUGAGAACGCCGGAGCAUGGAGGAGUUUUUGGGUUGGAUUGGCUUGUGGAACUCUUGCAAUGGUGCUGGUGGGAGCUGCUGGAUUGUCCGAAGGCUAAAGGAGUGAUCUUGCUGCAAUGUGGGAUUGCAUUCUCAUAGAAAGAUGGUUCGAACCUUCAUCCUCAGUGUCGAGAUGCUUUCAGCCGAUGGGAUCCACAGAGAGAGAGAGAGAGAGAGAGAUGCAUUAUGUUGUGGUCUACUUGGUGUUGCAGAGCAACAAUUAUAGGAUGAUCCAAGGAGGAAGUUUGUGGCAACUUUAGCAUUAUAGUAGAGAAGGCACAACUAGUAAUAGA